UGACAGAGUCUGGGCUGCGAUGAGUACCUGGGCUCAGGCAAGGUGAUGGACAAGUGUGGGGUGUGUGGCGGGGACAACAUGGCCUGUAAGCUGGUGUCAGGGCUCUUCCAGCAGCACAACCUGAACAAGGUGGGCUACCACAAGAUAGUGGAGAUCCCAGAGGGAGCCACCAAGAUCAACGUCACCGAGACGGUGAAGAGCAGGAAUUACCUGGGUGAGUAGGACUGUGACUGACCAGGGUUUUAACCCGGGUCUCCUGUGUGCCACAAGACUGUGUUAGCCCACUGAGCUAAAGCCUAGACAUUACCCACUGGGCACGGACGUCAAUUCAACGUAAUUUCAUUGAAAUGACGAGGAAACAAUGUUGAUUCAACCAGUCAACAACCACUCAACACACCUCUGUUUCGCUACAGAGUUACCAGCUCUUUAUCCACUGCCUCUUGAGCCUCCAUACAUCUCUGCCUGAAUCAGGCCCAUGAGCUAUGACACAUGCAAUAACAAUUUUAGGUUUUCCCUUCGACCACAUGUUAGAUUAUGAUUCACAUUACAUUAACGGUACUAAUAAAAAGUCAACAUUUAAAGAUAAGCUUCAAGUUAUAAAAUAUCUGACAGCAGUAGCUAUUUUAGGUCAUGUCUUGCUACAUCCGUGCUGUGAGCCUGGUAUCAGGCAGCAGGGAACAGCUGCUUGUUAAAUUGAAUUGAUUCAUUUAAUUAAAAGGCAGCUCAAAUACAGAGCAGGAGGGCUUUUUCCGGAAUUUAGGAUUUUCCAAAUGUGGGCAUUUCUAUGUUGUCAGUAGUAAGUAACCACACAGUGCACUUCUGGUUACAAUCUUUUAUUUUAAAAAAGCCCUUCGCCAAAAUUCAUUGAAUAAAUAAGUUAUUGUCUUUAUAGAAGCAUAACAGUGUGACACAGAAGUGGGUCUAUUUUCAGGAAUAACUACUGGAAUGUCAGUGUUUUAUUGUUGGAGACAUUGGUUUAAUGAGAGCCAUGCCAUAGCAUAGCAGUGGGUCUGGCAGAGCAGAGAGAGAGAGAGAGAGAGAGGGAGUGCCUGGCCCCCACUUCCCCUGGCCUGGCUGCUCCCCUCAGGGGAUAGUACAUAAACAAGCUUUCAUUAGAGGACCUUUUCCUCCAGCCUUCCCAUCCUUUUUAAUUAAGGUGAGGAAUUUCACUGCUGCCUAGAAAACCAACACUACUGACUGAGCCCAGCGAUGGAACCUGCUCUGAAACUACCUUUCAAAGUCAAAACGACUAAAUGGGGGUGCCAAGUUAUGCCCUGCUUUUGUAAUGAGUCCCUACUCAACCCUUACACAAUACUUACUCAGUGAGUAAGCACCUAAGCAGGAAAUGUAGAGUAUGCGUGGAUAAUGGCUCCUUUCAGUGACUGCUGUUCCUGCGUCUGUUGGCGGAAGAGUUCAUAUGUCAUCGGGUAAGAGCUUGCUGUGAAUGCAACAUCCUGGGGAUAAAUGCAAACAUUCUGAGGAGUGAUGGAAACAGGAGACAACCGAGGAUUCUUCCAUUGAACUACUUAUCAUUACCAUUAUCCCCUGAUGUUUGCCCCAUUCUCCUCAAUAGACUUCUGUUCUAGUUUAUUUCUGCAUGGCUAAUAUUUACAUUUUUGUCAUUUAGCAGACGCUCUUAUCCAGAACGACUUACAGUUAGUGAGUGCAUACAUUUAUUUUAAUUUUAUACUGGCCCCCCGUGGGAAUCGAACCCACAACCCUGGCGUUGCAAGCGCCAUGCUCUACCAACUGAGCUACACGGGGCCUGUGUGCUUUUAGUUGUCCAAACACUCUUAUAUUCAGUAGUCUUAAUGUUACUUGUCUAAUGAUUUUCGGAUGGCCUGUUGCCCUAACCAUGGAAUUCUCCUAUGCGGCUGUAGAGUUCAGAGAUUCAGCUACACAAUUAACAUAAAGCUUUGCCAGCUCUUUACUAACAGGUUUGCUCAUUUACAAAAGACACGGCUUUGAAGAUACAUGUGACAAAAUGUAUUCAGUUAGCGGUAAUUACACCGCUCACUUUUAACUGAUUUGCUCAUUACAUUAAAACUGCUUCACAUUAAACAACAGUUAUGGCAGAGUGAUUGUCAGCAUUAUUUCCUGUCUGUCUAAGCACAGUAGAGCUGAUUGUGACAGGAAGGGUUACUGUCUGUCUCAUGGACAUAUAACUAAUAGAAUGGACAUUCCCAUUCAAGUUGUUGUUCUAUGAUGGGGGGACCGGCGGCCAUAUUGAGUGCCCCCAUACUUCCUGUAAAGCAGGAAGUUCAGCAUUUAAAGGAAAAUAGCUCACUCCUUUCAAAAAUACAGAAAUCAAAUCAAAUCAAAUUGUAUUUGUCACAUGCGCCGAAUACAACAGGUGUAGACCAUACAGUGAAAUGCUUACUUACAAGCCCAUAACCAACAAUGCAGUUUAAAGAAAGAAUACCAAAAAAAUAAAAUAAAGAGCAGCAGUAAAAUAACAAUAGUAAAAUAACAAUAGCGAGGCUAUAUACAGGGGGUACCGGCACAGUGUCAAUGCGGGGGCACCGGUUAGUCGAGGUAAUUGAGGUAAUAUGUACAUGUAGGUAGAGUUAUUAAAGUGACUAUGCAUAGAUAAUAAACAGAGAGUAGCAAACAGCGUAAAAGAGGGUGGGCGGGGGCAAUGCAAAUAGUCUGGGUAUGAUGCAUUUUGAAUCAUAUGACGCUGCGUUUUGCAUCAUCUGAUGCAAAAUGUAUCAUAUGGGGCUCAUUUCUGUAUUUUGAAAGUUAUAUACCUUGAAAAUUUGAGUGCUGACAUUUAGGGACUAUGUCAACAAUGGACUAAAACAAAUACCAAAAUAUAGCUUUUGGGUGGAGUUUUCCUUUAAUGUGGGUUUUAUUAACAGUCAACUCAUGGUCUGUCUGCAGCUCUGAAAAGCCGCUCAGGUCGCUCCAUCAUCAAUGGGAACUGGGCCAUUGACCGGCCGGGGAAGUAUGAGGGAGUGGGCACCAUGUUCACCUACCGACGACCCAAUGAGAUCACCAGCACCGCCGGGGAGUCCUUCCUGGCUGAGGGGCCAACCAAUGAGAUCCUGGAUGUUUAUGUAUGUAACAGCUCAUAUUGGCACAUAUUUCUCUGGCAGUUUACACUGGCACAUUAUGUUGUAAUUAACUUGUUCACUGAAUAAGUUUUGCUCUGUCCUCAGGUGAUCUACCAACAGCCCAACCCAGGAGUGAGCUAUGAAUUCAUCCUUCCCUCCGACAACCCUCAACAGCAUCCCUGAUCACAGGAAUCCAGUCCACCCACAGCACCCCAAACACAGGCCUGGAGGUGAGGCUCCCCAAAUUUACUGAUGCAUCCUAAAUGAAUUAUUAGUCCACACAGGAGGGGGUCACAACCACUGAUGGCGCUGCAUCUCAAUGACUGUGAGUUUUCCCCUGGUUUCGUUGGCUGAAAGACUAUGUUCAAUCUCCCAGGGAACACUUUGCAUGGGCAAGGUGGGAAUGACCACCAUGGCAACCCCAACCAGGAGGGGUACGAUCCAGCAGGAGGGGGCAAGUACCCUACCCAGGUACCCAACAACCAGGUGCCAGCGGUCCAGCCACCCAGACGGCAGAGAGAAUACAACUGGAAACUGUCUGGGGCAACAGAGUGUAGCGCCUCCUGUGGCAGAGGUAAGACAUGGCAUGCAUCUUUGUCUGAACUGAAGCCCCAAGAGGUCUCAACCUCUGAUGCUCUGAUUGAUACUAGUUGAUCAACUAGGUUUAACAGAUUCCCACGGUGAGUAGUGAAGAUGCAGUAUUGAGUCAUGAAUAUCUAACGCUCUCCUGUGUAUUGGUUUUCAGGUAGCAGGUACACCAUCUUCCGCUGUGUCCACAGACUGAGCCAUGAGCAGGUACCAGAGAACCAGUGUGACAGCAGCACCAGGCCCAGUUCACAGGAGGAGCCCUGCAACCUCCAGCCCUGCCCUGCCUUGUGAGAGACCCCUCUGUCUCAACCACACUUACAUUACAUACAGGGCUCUUAGACACUACACACACUCUUUCAAUACAUACACAGAGCUUUAGCAGAAGUCAUAGGACCCAGAUUUCAUAUAUUUUUCAUGAAAAGAUCCUGACCCGUCCUCUUUAUAGUCUAAUAAUUAGAUCAUAAUUAGAAUCUAAUUGGACAAUUGACCGCAUGUUUUAUUAGCUAUGUUGGUACCACAUCGCUAUUGUGUCCCUCUGAACAUGGGGCCUUGUGUGUCCUACUGUGCAGCUGGGACAUUGGUGAGUGGUCGGAGUGCAGUAAGACAUGUGGUCUGGGUAUGCAGCACCGCCAGGUCUUGUGCAGGCAGGUGUACGCCAACCGGACCCUCAACGUCCACACCAGCCGCUGCCGCCACCUGGAGCAGCCUGAGACCACCAGCACCUGCCAGCUGAAAAUCUGCAGCGAGUGGCAGAUACGCACCGAGUGGAGCGCCGUGAGUGACAGCUGUCAAUCAAUCACAAGACAGCUGACUGACCCCUCAGUCAGCACAUAGGAGAGGGCUCAAAUAUGCUUCAAAUAGUAUUUGUUUCAAAUAUUUUAGAUGCACUUAAUUGAGCUUGCUCGGCGCGUUGAACUAAUAGAAUAGUCUUAAAAGUGUAAACCUACCCACCCAUCUGACACUCCAGGCAGGCUCAAUCAAAAGUUAAAAGUACUCAGACAAGAUUUAACAUAUUCCAUACUGCAUUAGAACAAUGUAUCAGAAAGUACAUGAAACCCAAUUAGAUAAAUGUUAUCAUUCCUCCAAAGUUGCUAACAUUCCUUAAAUUAAACCCGAGCAAGUAUUCUAUGGAGUAUUUUCCAAGUUGUGACAUGUCUCAGGCCCACUGCACGGCAUCUGUUUUCACAGACAACAGGUUACAUCCAUCAGAGAGAACUGACCCGUGUUUACACUAUGAGAUGAACUGAACACUGUUUACCCCUAUAGUAUUCUUCCUGUCCAUGCUGUGUUUCCCCAGUGCUCUGUUCCCUGUGGUGUGGGCCAGAGGACCAGGGAGGUGCACUGUGUCAGCAACGUGGGAGACUUUGUGUCGGACGAGGAGUGCAACAUGAAGCUGCGACCCAGUGACAAUGAGAACUGUGACAUGGGGCCCUGUGUUAAGAGUUGGUUCUUCACUGAGUGGGGGAAUAAGGCAUGUACAGUUGAAGUCGGAAGUUUACAUACACCUUAGCCAAAUACAUUUAAACUCAAGUCCUGACAUUUAAUCCUAGUAAAAAUUCCCUGUUUUAGGUCAGUUAGGAUCACCACUUUAUUUUAAGAAUGUGAAAUGUCAGAAUAAUAGUAGAGAGAAUGAUUUAUUUCAGCUUUUAUUUAUUUCAUCACAUUCUCAGUGGGUCAGAAGUUUACAUACACUCAAUUAGUAUUUGGUAGCAUUGCCUUUAAAUUGUUUAACUUGGGUCAAACGUUUCGGGUAGCCUUCCACAAGCUUCCCACAAUAAGUUGGGUGAAUUUUGGCCCAUUCCUCCUGACAGAGCUUGUGUAACUGAGUCAGGUUUGUAGGCCUCCUUGCUCGCACACAUAUUUUCAGUUCUGCCCACACAUUUUCUAUAGGAUUAGGGUCAGGGCUUUGUGAUGGCCACUCCAAUACCUUGACUUUGUUGUCCUUAAGCCAUUUUGCCACAACUUUGGAAGUAUGCUUGGGGUCGUUGUCCAUUUGGAAGACCCAUUUGAGACCAAACUUCCUGACUGAUGUCUUGAGAUGUUGCUUCAAUAUAUCCACAUAAUUUUCCUUCCUCAUGAUGCCAUCUAUUUUGUGAAGUGCACCAGUGCCUCCUGCAGCAAAGCACCCCCACAGCAUGAUGCUGCCACCCCCGUGCUUCACGGUUGGGGCGGCGCACAAUUGGCCCAGCGUCGUCUAGGGUAGGGGAGGGAAUGGCCGGCAGGGGGUGUAGCUCAGUUGGUAGAGCAUGGCGUUUGCAACGCCAAGGUUGUGGGUUCAAUUCCCACGGGGGGUAUGAAAAAUAAUUUUAAAAAAAUAAUGUAUGCACUCACUAACUGUAAGUCGCUCUGGAUAAGAGCGUCUGCUAAAUGACUAAAAAAACAAAACAAAACAAAAAAAUGUUCUUCGGCUUGCAAGCUACCCCCUUUUUCCUCCAAACAUAACGAUGGUCAUUAUGGGCAAACAGUUCUAUUUUUGUUUCAUCUGACCAGAGGACAUUUCUCCAAAAAGUACGAUCUUUGUCCCCAUGUGCAGUUGCAAACCGUAGUCUGGCUUUUUUAUGGCGGUUUUAGGACUCGUUUUACUGUGGAUAUAGAUACUUUUGUACCUGUUUCCUCCAGCAUCUUCACAAGGUCCUUUGCUGUUGUUCUGAGGACUUCGCUGAUUUCUUUUGAUUUUUACAUGAUGUCAAGCAAAGAGGCACUGAGUUUGAAGGUAGGCCUAGAAAUACAUCCACAGGUACACCUCCAAUUGACUCAAAUGAUGUCAAUUAGCCUAUCAGAAGCUUCUAAAGCCAUGACAUCAUUUUCUGGAAUUUUCCAAGCUGUUUAAAGGCACAGUCAACUUAGUGUAUGUAAACUUCUGACCCACUGGAAUUGUGAUACAGUGAAUUAUAAGUGAAAUAAUCUGUCUGUAAACAAUUGUUGGAAAAAUUACUUGUGUCAUGCACAAAGUAGAUGUCCUAACCGACUUGCCAAAACUAUAGUUUGUUAACAAGAAAUUUGUGGAGUGGUUGAAAAACAAGUUUUAAUGACUCCAACCUAAGUGUAUGUAAACUUCCGACUUCAACUGUAUGUGUAGGACUGAGUAAAUGUACUCUCACCAUCACUGUCUAACCCUUUUCUAACCUAAUUCUGUAGUAAUUGUAGUACUUGAUUGGAUUGCAUCUACUACAUUAUUGUAUAUGCAAGAUUAUAAUUGAAGACAAAUUGACUUGAUACUACUGUUAAAAAUGAGGGUGAUACUAGGGCCGGGAUUCAAUCAGAUCGCACUUUGUCAGCUUUGCACCUUUUAAAGGUAAUGUUCCGCAUUCACAGUAAACGCUGCAUAUGCCGGCUCAAUUGGAAAUUACCGUUAAAUGUCAAGUGCGCUAUACACGGAUCUACUGCUGAUCGGAUUGAAUCACGCCAUAGGUCAACUGUUUGUAUUGUUGCUUACCAUGUUUUUGCUCUCUGCAGUGUUCUGCUGAGUGUGGGAUGGGCGUGCGGACGCGCGGCGUUCUGUGCCUGACCAAUCACAUCAGCAGCCUGCCUCUGGAGGGGUGUGGUCAUGAGCGCCCCGCUGACUCUCAGGUCUGUAAUCACGGCCCCUGUGAGAGUCGCAUCGAGUGGUUUACAGCCCCCUGGAGUCAGGUAAGACCGGACAACACCGGGUCAAACUGGGCUUGUAGGGACACAUCAUCUGGGAAAAGAUUAGGAUGAGGAUUUGCUGCUGAUUUUACAGAUGUCUCCUGUCCAUUAUUUACAUUUCUGCUGAUGUCUCAUGUCAGUUGUAUUACCUAUCCACCCCCCCAACAACAAAACAUCUUACCCCACGAUACAAAGAGGAACACUCAGAUGUUACAAAUUCCUUGUUCAUUAUUUCCAUUUGAAAUAGCUUUUUAGUCCAGGACUAGGCUUAAUCUCUGUCCAGGAAACCGUCCCUGUAAGUAAGGUAUACCUUCUAUCACAUAACUCAGGUCAGCCAAUCAUGCCUUUUUAUUUGAAAAAACUAAACAUGUUGAAACAGUUCAGAUGUCUCAUGUCAUGCCCAUGUGUAGUUUCCCUAUGGUUUUGCCUCCUUCCUCCAGUGCUCAGCGGAGUGUGGCUCGGGCAGCCAGCAGAGGGCAGUGGUGUGUCUGAUGAAGUCUGAGGAGGGUUUCAAUGUAAUGCCGCCAUACGAAUGUUCCUCUCUCGACAAGCCUCUUAAUCAGCAGAGCUGCCACCUCAAGUCCUGCGGGGCCAAGUGGUACCAUACAGACUGGAGUGCUGUGAGUAACUGUACACGCACAUGCCCACACAUGCACGCACUCACACAUGAAAAAACACAGACACACGCUCUUAUGUGGAGUUGUAACUUGUGAAAUACACUCUCUUGUAAGUGCAAUUGAAGAAAGGGAGAAUGAGGUUUGUACUGUAUUCUCUGUCCCUGCAGUGUUCUAAGACGUGUGAGGGGGGCUUCCGUGUGAGGGAGGUGCGCUGUCUGUCUGAUGACAUGCUUUCCAGUGAGGGCUGUGAGGAGCAGCUGAAACCAGUGGAGAGAGAGGAGUGCAACCCAGAGCCCUGCGUCCCACACAUAGGUCAGUUACUACUGUAUAGUAAAUAUGGAUCAGGGGCCAAGGCACCUCCUCUGGAAUGUCAUACAGUUGGAUUGGUUAAUGAUGGCUGGUCUGGUCCUAACUACUGUCAGACAUUUUUAAUGAGGGUUAGAGGGGAUUUUAGUCUAAAAUGGUUAAACAUUUAUGAAGAUCUUAUUCCAUACGGAAAACUUGUGAAAAUACUUAAAGAUUUCUAAAACUUAAAAAUCACUGACUUUCGAUAUUAUGAUUGUUUUUCAGACGAGAACUGUCGAGACAAGUAUUUCAACUGCAAUGUGGUGGUCCAGGCACGUCUCUGUGUGUACGACUACUACAAAACAACCUGCUGUGCCUCCUGCACACGAGUGGCCCACAGACAGUCACAACACAGGGGACUCAGCUAGCCCCCUCUCUCCAGGCCUCAAAACUCUAGGGGGCCUGCCACGGUGCCCAGAGCAGGCCCUCAGUCCCUGGGCCAAACACACUGACCCACAGGGGAGGGGACAGUCUAGAACCUGACUCUGGGUGGACACUAUAAUAUGAGUGCUGAAAUACAGACUGAAAAACUGAAAGACCGUAAAGAAGCCAAACUUGUUUUUGGCUUGUGAGGAGAUUGCCAAUGGGCAAUAAGGGAAACUGAAUGGUUCGUGGAGGAUGGUUGUGAAGGACACGUUUAACAGAGCUAUGAGUGGAGGCGCUCUGGUGAGGCGAGAUGAUCGACAGGGCACCAAACCGAAGAAUCUGGAACCACUUUAUGGACUGUAACCAGAGUCCCCUCCAAUAAAAGUUCCUGUCUGGGCUUUUGUUGUGUUUCGUGGGAAGCAGUUUGUUGCUGCCAUUCACCUGAAUGGCUUAAGGUCUUGAAAAAGGUAUUUGGCCUAAACAUUGACAAAAUAAACAACGUACAGAGGUAAUAUCAGGUGUGGGAGUUAUCUUUCUUACAACUAAGGACUGCUACCGCAUCUGUGAUGAGACUCUUGACUACCAUGGCUCUCUUGGAUUACAUGAAAGGAGAGGAAGAUACAGUAUGAAAGGAAAGCAAGAUUGUUUGUUUUGCGUAAUGUAUAGACUGCACACAUUUUAAUAAGCUUCUUUCAUCUUUAAAAUCCACAAUAUUUAUGAUCUAAUUAACUACAUGUAGUAUGAAGUUGCCCAAGCUUGCUCUGAAAUUAUCCCCAAUUACGUAUCAUGAGGGCUCUAUUCAAUACUCUCCGACAUAGCAGUUUAGUUGACCAAAGAUUUCAGUAUUUCACAGGAGGACAUGUCAAACAGUAAUUGCUCAAUCUGUCCAGAUCUAGGGCUCCAUUUAAUCUGUACCAGUGAAGUGUUACAGAUGGCGCAAUAUAAAUGUUAAGGUAAUUUCCGAUUG